CGUCUCUCACCGCAGCUCGUGUUCGCACGGUAGGGAAACGGGAGAAGUGAAAACAACCGACGAAAGAACGAGGAAGAGAACGACCGAAGGAAACAUAGGAAAGAGGAGGGAGGAGGAGGAGGAGGAGAGGAGGGACGGGGAAGCACAGGUCGUCGUUGCUGGCAGCCAGCAAUUUUCUUUUGAUCUCUCCUUCGGAUAGUUUGAGGAUGUUGUUCAGAGACGAAGCGCGAAAUUCGCGGUAGUGGACGAACCGAGAGCGUCCUCGUAGGAGAAACUAGAAAGGAGCAACUGAAGCACCUAGCUCAAUCCUAUGAGACGACUGCCCAUGGAUUUGGAUGCUCCGGCUUUGCAGUGUCCCUUGUUGUGGUUUUGAACGAGGAUGCAAACGAGGUCACUUCUAGUGUCUUUUUUUUUUCAUCUUUGUUGAGGAUUGGCAGGAGGAGCAGGAAUCUUGAGUUGGCGAGAAGACCAUUCAUUUCUUCCGUUUUUCAUUUUGGUGGGCAAUUGGAAGCGAUGAGCGCUGGUGGAAUAUGUUUCAGAACUCCGAUCUGAUUUGAAGACCAGCGUAAUUCGAACAUUGCCUGCCUUGAGCUCGAGACCCGUCGCCGUACACAGGAAUGGGGACAUUUCACUUUAUGGUAAUAAUAUGCUAAUUGGAAGUUCGUCGACAAUGGCUGUCCCUGACGGUGUGAGCACCGAGCCUGGAGAUGCUCAGCCGUCUCUAUAUGUGGCAAAAUGCGUGCUUAGAAGCAGUGCAGUUUUGCAAGCGGUUUACGGGCACAUUCGUUCUCCUUCUACUCUCGAUCUUGUGUUUGGCAAGGAAACAACUUUGGAACUUGCAGUGGUCAGCGAUGACGGAGUCGUCCAAUCUUUAUGUGAACAACCUGUAUUUGGUUCCAUAAAAGAUUUGAAGAUAUUGCCUUGGAAUGAGGAAUUCCGUGGCGUACAACCUGAGUUGUAUGGCAAGGAUCUGCUAGUUUUACUCUCUGAUUCAGAGCAACUGUCGUUUCUCACAUUCAAUGUUGAACUCCAUAGAUUCCUGGCAGUGUCGCACACAAGUUUGGGUCCUCCGGGUAAAGACGAAGCAACAGGGUCUGGGCGCUUACUGGCAGUGGAACCCAGGGGACGCGCAAUUGCCGUUGCUGCAUUCGAGGAUACCAUUUCUGUUUUUCUUACUUCAUCUUGCGCGGGGAAUAAUAUAGUCGAAGACAAGAGGUUAGUCUUCCCAAGGCCAUUAGCUGAGGCAGGAGAACAAUUACAGACCGGACGAUGGGGCACAAUAUGGAGUGUGGCCUUCGUCCAGAGUGCUCAAGAAGAUAAUCAAAUAAAGGACACUACAGCUAUUGUACUUGCAGUGCUCGUGCACAUGCAUGGACGUCAAGAAAACGACAUACAAGUAUUGAGUUGCGACACCAGGGAGAGAAUUAUCCAUCAUUUGGCAACUUUCUGUCCUACCAGCGCAAUUCCGGGUGUAGUGCCAGGUCACCUGGCUCUUAGCAUUAUCGAGUUUCCCGUUGUGCCAGGCUACCUACUUCUUGCUCGACUAGGUGAUUUGUUGCUUUUGGAUCUCAGGUGUCCGAGCAUUCCUCGUGCUUCCACCGUUCUUUCGGCACAACAAGCUUCUGUUGAUGAAGAUGGAGAAGGACAAGACACUUUGGCGGCAGCUUCUCUUCUAUUACUUUUCUCCCGAUACCGAGACUCUUCGGAAAAGGGCUCUAUUUCUGCAUGGAGUUGGCAGCCAGAUGGUGGUGAUCAGCCAAAGCUGGUUUUGUGCAUGGACUCUGGAGAAAUUGCUAUCGCCCAGGUGUUUAUGGAAGGGUCUGACGUGCAUGUUCAGAUUCACGAGCGUCUGUACCGGUGCUCACCGUGCCAUUCGCUGUUAUGGUUGAAUGGAGGAUUUAUUGCUGCCUUGAUAGAGAUGGGAGAUGGCGAAAUACUCGAAGUUCUUGAUGGUGGGUUGACUUUUCGGAGUUAUAUACUCAAUAACGCUCCUAUCUUAGACUUUGCCUUAGUUGAUUAUCACGGUGAGAAGCAGGAUCAGAUGUUUGCUUGCUGCGGCGUGGGCCGUGAGGGUGCCAUACGGGUUAUCCGCAAUGGUAUCAGUGUAGAGAAACUACACAGUACACCACCUCUUUAUCAGGGUGUCACUGGUACUUGGACACUGCGAAUGUUUCAAAGGGACAAGCAUCACUCUUUUUUCGUCAUGUCUUUCGUGGAGGAAACAAGAGUACUGUCCGUGGGGUUGAACUUUGUUGACAUCUCAGAUGCUGUGGGUUUCGAUUCUUCCUCAAGCACGUUGACUUGUGGCUUGAUAGAAGAUGGGUGGAUCGCACAAGUCUGCAGUUCAGAAGUACUUCUCUGUGCUCCAACAAUAGCUGCCCAUCCCGCAGGACUUGCUAAUCAUGCACCUCAGCGCACCUCUUGGAAGCCUCGUGAAGCGUGCAUAAGCCUUGGGGCAGUGGCUAAAGGUUCAAUCAUUCUAGCAUUGUCCCGACCUGGUGUUCUGUUAAUCCUGGGAACAAGACUUACAUCAACUGGUGACUUUGAGUUGAUAGAGAUCCAGCAGUGUCAGCUUGAAGCGGAAGUAUCAUGUAUUUCCAUUCCUCUAGAGGAAGGAUCAAUUCCUGUUCCUGUUCCACCGUCUAUGGUUGGUCUCAUGGACGAUCCAAGGAAAAGCGCCGAACUAUGUGGGGUCGUGGUUGGAGAAAUAUGUGUUGUUGGGACUCACAAGCCAUCUGUGGAGCUCUUAUCUAUUAGACCAGGAGAGAACUUCAGACCUCUAGCAGUUGGGUUAGUAGCUCUAGUUAAUUCGAUUGGUACAGCCAUGGGUGGAUGUGUACCAGAGACAGUUAGGUUGGCUCUUUUUGAUCGACUUUAUAUUAUAUGUGGAUUAAGAAAUGGAAUGUUGCUGAGAUUUGAGUGGCCUUCAAGCAGAGCAACUCAAGACUCAGCAGAAGAGCUCGUGGUACCAUUGUCUACUUCUGCGGUAUCUGCUCACAAGUUUUCCUCAAAGACAGUAGAUGUGGACAAAUCAUUGCACAGUAAGGCCAUCUUCCAGGAGGGUGAACAGAGUUUUGGUAUCGCGGAAGAGAGAGGGCCUGUGCUCUUAAAUUUAGUUGCCGUACGUCGAAUUGGUGUGUCACCGGUAACUUUGAUUCCUCUUCAAGGCUCAUUACGGGCAGAUAUAAUUGCUCUUAGUGACCGGCCUUGGUUGUUGCAAACUGCAAGGCAGAGCCAAAGAAUAGCGUACACGUCGAUAUCAUUUCAGGCCUCAACUCAUGCAGCUCCCGUCAACUAUCCCGAUUGUCCAAAUGGUAUUCUGUUCGUGGCGGAUUGCAGUUUGCAUUUGGUCGAGAUGGAACACUCAAAACGCUUAAACGUGCAGCGACUUCCUCUUGGUCGGACACCCCGACGAGUUUUAUAUCAUGCACCGACUGCCAUGUUGGUCGUAUUGAGGAGUGAACAUGGUGUUUCAGAUAUCUGUUGUGUUGAUCCCUUGAGUGGGACUAUUUCAUCGUGUUAUCAGCUGGUUGAGGGCGAAACCGCCAAAUGCAUGCAGCUCUGGCACACCAAUGGCGAGGAGUUAGUACUAGUUGGUACUAGUCUGACAGAUGGGAAGCCAAUGAUGCCCAAUGGAGAACCUGAAAGUUCGAAAGGAAGACUAUUGAUGUUCCGUAUAGAGUCGAAGGCUGCAUCUGGCAGAAGUAAGAGAGUGCCACUUACAGGCAUCAUGCCUCUAGUUGGGAUGGGAGAAUCGUCGUCUGCUGGCACAUGCCAGCCUAUGAUCAUUGGUGACUCGACGCCUGAUGAAGUCGCCGUGGAUGAACAUAUGAUGGGUGGAUGUGAAGGUUGGGAAUUGAGCUUGAUAAGCUCGGUAUCCAUGAUGGGGAUGGUUCUUGCAGUUUGUCCGUAUCUCGAUCAAUAUGUCCUCGUUGGGGCUGGCAAUAACCUGAUAUGCUACGGUCAGACACAUGAUUCAUAUCAGCGAUUGCGUCGCUUUGCCGCGGCGAAAACGCGUUUUGUUAUCACAAAUGUGGCAGUUCAUCUGAACCGUAUUGCCGUGGGCGACUGUCGAGAUGGAAUACUGUUUUAUUCAUACAGAGAGGACACCCACACGCUGGAACAACUCCAUUGUGACCCGGUGAAGCGACUAGUAGCAGAUUGUGUCCUAACUGAGCUCAACACCGCUGUGGUUACCGAUCGAAAUGGCAACUUUUGUAUAUUAUCUUCAGCGAAUGGAGUGGAUGAUUGUGUGAGUCCAGAACGCAACCUUUCCAUGAGCUGCUGGUACCACAUGGGUGAGCCUAUAGUUCGCAUAAAGAAAGGUUUCUUUUCCUACAGAGCACCUGUGGAGGAGACCUUGAAAACUUGUAGUGUGGGAAGUUCGUCAGUAGAUGCAACAGAUGCUUCUCUUGUCGGAUGUACUCUCCUCGGAAGUGUAGUAAUACUUAUACAGCUCCCACGAGACGACUAUGAUUUGCUCGAAGCAGUACAAGUACGAUUGGCAUCGCAUCGUCUAACAGCACCUUUGCUGGGCAACAAUCAUGCUCAGUAUCGGCGCCAGGGCUGUCCCGCGGGCGACGUACGACAAGUGCUAGACGGUGAUAUGCUGGGCCAGUUUUUAGAGUUGACCAAUGCACAGCAACGACUGGUUUUGUUAGCGGAGCCUGGUACAUCGCCAGAGGAUCCUCGGGAAGCACGGUUACACGGAGCUUUUCGUAAACCCUUGCCUCUUGAUCAAGUGUUGCGCCUUUUUGAAAGGGUGCACAACUACCUCACGUAAUUUUGUAAUUAUCUUACUUUGAAUUCUUUCGGUCAAGUCACCCUAUAAUCGUACACAAUCGAUGACUCCACUAGAAAGAGGUGUCAAAAGUCUAGAUUUAUUUUGUAGGGAGUCCCAUACAUGACGUUGUACUAUAGUCAAUGAGGAACAAAGAUCAGUCGUCCGAAAUUUAAGUCACUGUGUACAAGUUUGACCCCUGUCUUGAUUGAGGCUUCAAAGGCUUGCUCGAUGCAUAGACUUGGUGUCAUGGAUCCGAAGUGGUAGCUUAGCUCAGCUGUAGAUUUCAUGUGAGCUUGGAAAGGAUUUAUCAACUGAGGAAGUCUGUUACGGUAGGGUUGCAGAAUCUCCCUGGAUAUUAGUCUUAGUGCUUCCCUUAUUUCAAGGGUGUUUUAUAAAAUUUUAUGAAUAGAUGAAAAGCAAAUCCAGCACAACUUUGCUCCAAGCUCUUGGACCGCUAGGUGACUGGUUAUGUGCUCCGUCAAUGUAUGGAUCUGUGAAGACUGAAGGCUGUGCACGUAGAUGUUGGAGCUGGAUAUGACAAAGUACAGGAAGAGAACCAAGAGCGAGCAAUGGAUUGUAUGUACGGGAGCAACUCGUGCCUUUUAGGUCUAGCUCUUUAUGGGCCAGUGGGGUUACUACAACAAGUUCAAAGAAGUUCAACUUAGUAUGUGGUUCCACGGAAGUGUUUGCUCACUUCUGAACAAUUUUCAAGAGUCAAAUUGUCAUUCAUUAUUUAUAUGCCUGGAUCCGGACCUCUUCUAGUUUCACCCAUUUGACAUUCCUUACGGUUUGUGAUGUUUACAACACUUUAAUGCUGGACAUUCCUUCAUCGAUAUUA